CGUGUUUGACUUUGCACUUCGCAGACAGAGACCACUAUAAAAGGGACCCGAGGGGAUCAAACUCCUUCCCUGCGCUAAGUAAACCAUUCUUCUCUUCUUUCUGCAGCAAUGGAUGGCAGUGCAGCUCCAGUUGCUGUCGUCGGGAAUGGCCGUGAAGCCUGGAAGGUCUCUUCGAGCACCAGAAAAGGAGGAUGGAAUGCUGCCAUUUUCAUCAUCUUUGUCGAAGUGGCCGAGAGAUUUGCCUACUACGGGCUGGCCGGUAAUCUGAUCAUGUACCUCACCAACCAUCUCGGCGAGUCCAUGGCUGUUGCCGCUCAGAACGUGAACAUGUGGGUCGGCGUGUCAGCCAUCUUCCCGCUGGUUGGAGCAUUCGUCGCCGACUCUUGCCUGGGUCGGCUCAGGACCAUCGUCAUAUCCUCCGUUGUUUAUCUCAUGGGCAUGAUCUUGCUGACAUUGUCGGUGUCUGUGAUACCGAGCGGCUACCACAAGUCCACCUUCUUCACGGGGUUGUACGUGAUAGCGGUCGGAGAAGGCGGGCACAAGCCAUGCGUGCAAACCUUUGCCGCCGACCAAUUCGACGAGGACUUGCCGGAGGAGAAGAUGGCCAAGAGCUCAUUCUUCAACUGGUGGUACCUAGGCAUCACUGCCGGCGCCACGACCGCUGUCUUCCUCAUUCCUUAUUUGCAGGACCAUGUUGGGUGGAGCGUGGGCUUUGGGUUGCUGGCCGGAAUGGUGGCAAUGGGGUUGGCAAUCUUCCUGAUGGGCCUGAAGAUUUACAGGAGGCAGGGCCCCCUCAGGAGCCCGUUCACGAGGGUCGCGCAGGUGUUUGUGGCAGCGGCUUGGAAGUGGCGUGCGGAGGAGGCGGGCGAGGGUCGCAGAGUAUGCUAUGACGACGAGGACGAGCAUGGCGCGGCUCGUGAGGGAGGUCAAAAUAAUGGAGCCCGGUUUUUGGCUCGCACUCCGCAAUUCGGGGCAUUGGACAAGGCCACGGUGAUCGACACCGUCGACGCGACGAGCAAGACUAGGAACCCCUGGCGGCUGUGCACCGUGACCCAAGUGGAAGAAGCCAAGCUCAUUCUACGCCUCACCCCCAUCUGGUUCUUUUGCCUGAUGUUCGCUGUGGUCCAGGCCCAGAUGCACACCUUCUUCACCAAGCAAGCCGCCUCCAUGUCCUGGUCCCACUUCCGCCUCUCCCCGGCCUCGCUCCAGGGCCUCGUCGGCCUUACCAUCCUCGUCUCCGUCCCGCUGUACGAUGGGGUCUUCGUGCCCAUCGCUCGUAGGAUCACCAAACACCCGUCCGGAAUCAGCAUGCUGCAGCGAAUCGGGUUUGGGCUCUUCUUGUCGGUUCUCAACAUGGCAAUCUCGGCGAUCGUCGAGGGCAGGAGGGUGCAAGUAGCAAUCAAGCACGGCCUAGCGAACUCCCCAAAAAUGACGGUGCCCAUGAGCGUGUGGUGGCUGGUUCCUCAAUACAUGCUGUGUGGGCUAUCUGAUGUGUUUGCCAUUGUGGGACUCCAGGAGCUGUUCUACGACCAGAUGCCGGAGGAGAUGAGGAGCGUCGGAGCAGGUUUGUUCAUAAGCUUGGUGGGGAUCGGGAGCUUCACGAGCAGCGCCAUCAUAAGCGUCGUUCGGGCGACAAGCUCGAGAGGUGGGGACGGGUGGCUCGGUGACAACAUCAACACGGCGCAUCUCGACCGCUAUUACUGGGUCUUGGCUGGGUUGAGCGGGCUGAAUUUGUGCGCCUAUGUGGUGGCUGCUAGCAGGUUUGUGUACAAGAGAGUCAAUGAUCACCUGGGUUUCAACGGUGAAGUGUAAAGGAAAAGGGUGGCUUGAUAGAGGAGCGUACAACUUAGAACAAUGUGUCUUAGCUGUUGUAGAUUAAAAGAAAUGGAGCAUCUAGUGGCUUGCCCAUGUUUGCUCCUUUGAUCCCCAAUCCACACCUAGACUCUCACUAAGGCAACGAGAAAUGCAUAUUAAGGUUCAGUUUA